GUUCUGCGUGAGUAACGUCUGUAUUAUUACUACACUGGGUUAAUUGAUUCUGCAUUUCUCAUCAUGCCAUCACACGGCGAGGAACGAUAUAUUCUAGAAGGCCACGAGGGCGAGCUGCAAAGAUUGGCGGACCAACACGACGUACUAACAUACGCUUCAGAUAACAAGUUGGUAUUCGCCCCAGUUGAUUUCUCACAACCCGGCCUUCGUAUCCUUGACUCCGGCUGCGCAGAUGGCUUGUGGCUCCGUAGACUUCAAGCAUCUCUCGGUGCGCAACACGAAUAUAUCGGAACGGACAUUAACCCGAAAUUCUUCCCAAAACAGGCACAACCAGGUAUCACACUGCAAGUACAAUCCAUAACGCAAGAUUGGCCCGAAGAUUGGACAUCUACCUUUGACUAUGUACACCAGCGUUCAACGCUCAUCGGUGCUGGAAAGGUUAGCACGGUGGAAGAGUGCAUCGAAAGACUCGUCAAACUUGUGAAACCAGGCGGCUGGAUUGAAUUUUUUGAGUCCGACUUAAAUCAGGUCCGCCCUAAUGGUCCGGUGAUGGAUCAACUAAUGGAUGUUACGAAGACGCUUUUCGAUAUGCUAGGUGUGGGGUACGGCUAUACGGCUCGCAUCCGACCUGCGCUAGAGAAGGCGGGUUUGAUAGAUAUACAAGAAGUAACAAUCGACGCGGUGUAUGGCGCGGGUUGUGAUGAUCCCGAAAUUGUUGGGAAGGGUAUGACUUCUAUGACAUCGGCUGGGAAUGCUAUUUAUAAGGCUGCGAAGGGAGAAUCUGAUUCAUUGAAAGAAUUCACAGAAGAACUUCACGAGGAGUUGGCAGCUAGAGGAGGCCGUCUUCCGUGUAAGGUGGUGUGGGCUAGGAAGCCAUAAAGGGGUAUACCCAUAGUUCUUAAAUCAACCACAUUAGCAUCUAAGUACCUAUGGAGGUACCUAUACAAUAUCUGGUUUUCUCUUUAUUUCUUGGCAAUUUUCUUUUUCGUGAAAAUAAUUAAAG